UGUUGCAUACUAUAGGCUAUGUGGCUGUGGAACACACCACACAGAGUACAAUUGUAGGCAUCGACCUUAACAGCUAGUCUAUACUGUAGAAGAGAAUGAUUGGCGGAAAUUAGAUGUCAGCGCAUUAAUGUAGCUGGUUUUAUGUAGCCUAUAUCCAAUUCUGAAUAGGUUUCCUCCCUAGACUGGUUGAUCCCAGUCGGUCAUAGUGUGUGCUGUGUUUGUGCCGUUCAACUGCAGAGCUACGGAUCUGGCGUAGAGGUGCAGUUUAUGCUGGACCGCUAGUUGCGGCGUUUUUUCCCCUUUCAAGCGCACUCGCGUGCUCUGCCUGCGAAGAUGGGAGGACGAUUUUCUUCAUUUUGGCCCGUUUUCCAUUUUUCCGAAUUGUAAUUAACAUUCUUCGUCAAAUUGGACCACAGUGGAAGUCUCAGUAUCCGUGUCCCACAUUGUAGCAUUCUCUUUCUUCAUGCCUGUCUGCACCUUGAGUGAGAGUCAGGGGCGAGGCUUGGGUCCCGGUCUACUGUGUCGGGUGAUGGAGCAGCCCUGUGUCGUGUGCUGUGGAGUAGGGCGCUGGGUGGCACAAGCCCCUGCAGAAGAGCCAGGGACACACAAGAUGUAACAAAACUGGAGAAGCACCUCUCAGAUCCAGAAAAACUGAAAAAUAAACAUCUGUGUAUACAUCACCUUUUUUAUUAAUAUAUGACAUUGUCAUCAAACAACAAAAAUCUUUGUAUACAACGCAAGAAAACGAACAUUACAAAUCAUCAAGGUAUCAAAGGAAGAAAGAAAUGAAAGUAUUUGAAAUGAAAUGUUAAAAAAUACAAGAACCUUUUGUCCUGUUUUCAUACUUUUUUCAAAGAGGUACAGCCAAUAAGUACAGAAAUCACAUAAAUGACAAGAUAAAAAAGAAACUGGAAGAAAACAGACCAUUCUGCCUGGAAUAAACCAAUCAACACACUCAGAAGAAAGGGGAGGGUCAUGACCCAGUUGCCAUGCAUGUCGCCACGGUGACCGGCCUCCCCAACCCCUCCCCCCUCCUUCUCUUAUUGGUUCAGCUGCUUUUGUGGCUCCUCCCCGCUGGGCCUGAGUUGGCAGGGGCUGCCUCUUCUUGCCCUGCCCUCUGCAGCUGUUCCAAUCAGGCAAGCAGAGUCAUCUGUACAAGGAGAAACUUGGAGGAGGUGCCUGAAAGUAUAUCUGUCAACACACGAUACCUCAACCUACAGGAAAAUUCAAUACAGGUGAUUAAGUCUGAUACUUUCAAGCGCUUGCAGCAUCUGGAAAUCUUGCAGCUCUCCAAAAACCACAUCCGUCAGAUCGAAGUUGGGGCAUUCAAUGGCCUGCCUAACCUCAACACACUGGAGCUCUUUGACAACCGCCUCACGCUGGUCCCCUCCCAGGCCUUUGAGUAUCUCAGCAAGCUGCGGGAGCUGUGGCUGCGCAACAACCCCAUCGAGACCCUGCCUGCCUAUGCCUUCCACCGCGUGCCCUCUUUGCGGCGGUUGGACCUGGGGGAACUCAAGAAGCUGGAUUACAUCUCUGAGGCUGCCUUCGAGGGCCUCAUCAACCUGCGCUACCUGAACCUGGGCAUGUGCGUACUCAAGGAUAUCCCCAACCUCACACCCCUGGUGCGACUGGAGGAGCUCGAGCUCUCUGGGAAUCGGCUGGAGAUCAUCCGACCAGGGUCCUUCCAGGGCCUGGUGUCGCUCCGCAAGCUCUGGCUCAUGCACUCUCAAGUGUCAGUCAUUGAGCGGAAUGCCUUUGAUGAUCUCAAGAACCUGGAGGAGCUGAACCUGUCUCACAACUCCCUCCACUCUCUCCCUCAUGACCUCUUCACUCCUCUGCACCAGCUGGAGAGGGUCCACCUCAACCACAAUCCUUGGGUGUGUAACUGUGAUGUGCUGUGGCUCAGCUGGUGGCUGAAGGAGACUGUGCCCAGUAACACCACCUGCUGUGCCCGCUGCCAUGCUCCUCCUGGUCUCAAAGGCAGGUACAUUGGUGAGCUGGAUCAGAGUCACUUCACCUGCUAUGCCCCUGUGAUUGUGGAACCACCGACCGACCUGAAUGUCACCGAGGGGAUGGCUGCUGAGCUGAAAUGUAGAACGGGCACUUCGAUGACCUCAGUCAACUGGCUCACCCCAAAUGGCACACUCAUGACCCAUGGGUCCUACAGAGUCCGAAUCUCAGUCCUGCAUGAUGGCACAUUGAAUUUCACCAAUGUCACAGUACAGGAUACAGGCCAGUACACCUGCAUGGUGACUAACUCGGCUGGCAACACCACAGCGACAGCCGUGCUCAACGUGUCGGCCUCUGAUGUCAGUAACAGCUACAGCUAUUUCACUACUGUCACGGUGGAAACUGUCGAAACAGGCCAAGAGGAGAAUUCUGCCCGACAGUACAUAAAUGAAACCUUUGUGGGUUUUUCAGGUCCUACUAGCCCAGGGGAGGUUUGGGUCACAACCUUGGCCACUACAUCGUCUUCUGUUUCUUCAUCGUCCUCUUCUGCCAGAACAACCAAGCCAUCAGAAAGGGCAUUCACGGUUCCAAUAACAGAUGUCACCAACAUGUCUGGUCUGGAUGAUGUGAUGAAGACUACAAAAAUCAUCAUCGGCUGUUUUGUGGCCAUCACGUUCAUGGCGGCAGUGAUGCUGGUGGUCUUCUACAAGUUGAGGAAGCAGCAUCAGCUGCACAAACACCAUGGCCCGGCACGUGCUAUCGAGAUUAUCAAUGUUGAGGAUGAGAUUGGAGCUGGAGGGGCAAGUGGAGUAGGAGGAGGGAGUGGAAUUUCUGGAGGAUCCACUAUGCAUUCUGGAGGUGGUGGAGUCAGUGGUGGAGGGCAGAGUUUAAGAUUGCACCAUCCGGAAAUUGUCAACCUUCCAAAUCUAGCGAGAGCAGAGCAUCUUAACCAUUAUUACAAGGCACAUCAUUUUAACAACAAUGUGAUGGGCAUGGGUAUUGGGACUGGGGCUGGUGUAGGAUGUGGUGGGGUUCUCAACAAUAACAACAACCCAUCCCCCCAUUCGCAGCCCUCCCUGGCUACUCCCAUUUCCUGCACACAAGUUCCUGUCUCUUCAUCCAAUUUGCAAACUACAUCUGGAAACAGCAUUAACCCUAACCCCAGUGCUGUGUCCUCUCCUCUCCCAAUUCCCCUCCCCCUGCCACCCAUGGGUUUACAUGGAUCUCUGAAAGGUUUAAUUAGUCAGAGCCAGAACCCUCAAGUUGAACCACUUCUGUUUAAGAGUGGUUCCAAGGAAAAUGUUCAAGAGACUCAAAUCUGAAUGAGGCAGAGAGAGAGAGAGAGAGAGAGAGAGAGAGAGAAAAAGGCAGAAACAAAGAAAGAGAAAGAGAGAGAGAUAGAGAAAUAGAAUUGAUGGCCAUGCUUAUUUUAACCCUUGAUCAAUUUUUAUGGAGGUGAAGGUAUUUUCGUAGUACUGUAUUUUAAGUACUAGGUAGGAUUAUUGUCAAGGGUCAGACACUACGGUGUAUUGACAUCAUCGGAGGGAAAGAAAGGGAUACAAGAACAGAAUGUAGAGGGAUGAUAUCAAAAUAUACCCACUCCCAGGUGGACAAUACUGUACAUGUACAAUGUACUGAGCCAUGAAUUAACACUGGCACUUCUAAUGGAGUAAAUGUGUCUGUAUUAAUGAAUGGUAAUGGCAAUGAAGUACCUUACACAUACUACAACAGCAUAAAUCUGUGCCAAAGCAAAACUUUCCCUUCAUUAAUAUUUGUAAGAAUAUUAAAUCAACCAGAUAGUUUAAUCUCUAAGAGUUUGUUUGCCACAGCUGAGACACGCACAGUAUAGAACACUGCAGUUCAGAGACCUUACACCUUACAAUGCAGUCUCAUUAUAAUCCUGAUUCUACCAAGAUUAUAGUGAAAAUAAAACACUGUAGUGUGCAGUGGAACUCCAGAGAAAAAAAAAAGAUUUUUGGAGAAAAACCUGUGCCAUACAUUCAUUCUCUCUCCCUCGUAUACACUUAAAGGAGGGUUAUCUUUGCAAGGGGAUGAAGAAUUCGUGAAGACGCAAGAACUGGACAGAGAAAAAGACAAUUAAAGAAAACUGUGAAAAUGCAUACAAUAUAUAAAUAUAUUUUCAUUUGAAGAAAUAAAUUAUGAAACAUCUUUAACAAUACAGACUCACGGACACAAAUGUUAAAAGGUGUACGAGCGGGUAUUGUUUCAGCUGUUAUAAUUAUGAUUGAUUUAAAAACUCGUUUUUCUCUCUUGGUUUUGUGAAGACAGAAGGUGAGAGGAGGGGAGUGAGGCAGAAGCAGAAGAGAAAAGAUGCAAGAAUGAAUACUCGACGUAUAUUGGCAUUCAUUUUGGCCAUGCAAAAUAAUAGGAGUAGCCCGUUUCUCAUGCAAAUCCACAACAGGCUUCUUUUUUGGUUUCUUGAAUUGUUGCUACGAAGAGAUGGAGUGGGUGGUGUUUUAUGUUUGUGCUGGUAUACUUGUCACUGUGACAGCUGAAUGAGUUUGCAGCAAGCUUCACCCACUUACAUAUGAUUUGGGUGUUUAUGUCUACUACUGUUGCUAUUAUUACAGUUGAUAAUAAUAAUAAUAAUAAUAAUAAUAAUAACAAUAAUAAUGAGGACAACUGCAAUGAAUUGUAGCGUGCUGUUUAUACAGUUCAUGACUACCACAUUGAUAGAAAGUAUUGUUCCCAUUGCACCAAAUUGAUAUUUUGGCAAGGGAUUACAAAAGACAGCAUUAAACAUUAAUGAUGUUCUUUGCCUGUGUACUAAUAACAGCCAUAUGUGUGUCACUAUUAGCACUGGUUUAUGUUAAUGCAGGUGAUGGCCAUAUGUGUAACAUAGUAAUAUUACGCAUAAAUUGUGGUUAACAAGCUGGUACUGUGCAACCAUCUUGAUCUUUAAAAUUCUCUAAAAUGACUUCAUAUAAAUUUAAAUAAGAUUGUACCAUUCAAUUUACUUGUAUCUUGAAAUAUUUAAAAGCAUUAAUGUACAAAGAACAGUUGGAUAUCUCUACUUUUCUUGUUGAAUUGAACAUAUAACAUUUAGAGAACUGCACUUUUAUAAAUUCGGGUCAACCACACUGUUUUACAUGUUGUUUUUAUCAUGAUGACAAGACGAUGCACAUUAUAAUAAUGAAAAUAAUGAUGAUUAUGGUGGUGAUGACGAUGAUGGUUAUUAUUAUUAUUAUUAUUAUUAUUAUUAUUAUAACUUUUAUUAUUAUGUGACUCAUUAAAAAAUAGAAGAAUAGGAGGAUGACACAUAAAAAUGAGUGUAUUUCACAUAACCCUGAGAGUGAUCUGAUCUGCGAGUUAGUGUCUACAGGAAAGGAUAUCAAUGGUGACAAUCACACAGCCACAAAACAGCUACAAAGAAACGGACUGGACCUACAGAAACAGCGUUUGAAGACAACAAUGAUUCAUAUGUUGAAAUAAAGAAAGAAACAGCAGUGGGCUUUCUCCAGGUGGACAAAAAGCUUCCUCCUCAUGCUCCCCCUCUCUGUUUUGUACAACAAAGAACUUGACCUGUCAAGCCACCCUUUUCUUGCUUGUUUCAAACAAAAUAAAGCAGAUAGAAACACUGGUGGAUUACAGUGGGUCGUAACGAAACUUAAAUGCCACGUUAGUUUGAACUAAUGGAGUGAAAAGAAAAGCGGAAAGCGGGGGAAACUUUUUCACAUUUUCAAAAGGUAAGCGAUUCCGUUUAAUGAACGAGAUGGAAUUUGAGACAAGAUGGAUUGAAAUGGCAUUUGGCAAGUUUUUUAAAAGAAAAAAAGGACAAUUAAAUGAAAAAAAUAUAGAAGCAGUUAUAGAAGAUUUCUUUUAAAAACAAACAAAAAUAUAACAAGUGUUUCUCAUUUUUGUGUUUAUCUAGUUCCAUUUUUUCUUUUUUUUAAAUUAAGUGUUGUUAUCUCAAUUGUAAUAUUGUUAUUGUUAUUAUUAUUAAUAUUAUUAUGGUUAUUAUUACAAAAAAUGUUCUGUUAGCAGAUGUCACUUCAAAAUUGAAAAUCUGGCACACAAAGUGGUGGACGUACUCUGUGAAGCAAGAAGUGGCAGUUAGAAGUUUCAGUAUUAUUGAAAUAUCACAUUUCCUAACUUCAACCACCUAUACUUUGAAUAAACACAUAUGAAUGUCUACUGACAAUUUAGAAUCCUUUCCUGCAUAAAAUAUGGCAAGUGAGCUAGUGGUAGUCACCCUGCUGUCUCCUGUUGAAUUAUUCUUAAUAUCAUAGAUCUGUUUGUGGUGCUACGCAAUACCAACACCUUUCCAACAAAAAUCUGGCCCUAUAUCUGUAGCAGCACAUCUUAAUACCAGUUGCACAUUGCUGCAUCGUGGUUACUCUGAAAUUUCUGUUUUAUCACUUGAAAAGAUACAACUUGUUCUUUCAAGGAAUGAAAAUAUGUAAAAAUGGUGUCCAAAGUAUUUCUUUCAAUGACAGUAUUUCUGUAGCAGGACUUUGCAGUGAUAUUUUCACUGAGACCUGUCAGUUAACUUUAGGACUUGAUUAAUUUGGUUGAAGAAAAAGAUAAAGACUGUAAAUGCACCCAGAAACCUUUCCGUAUGGACACUUGCUGUGCAGUAAAGGGUUUGAUUGCCAUUGUUUCAUUAAGUUAUAUGAAUUUUGGAAAGAAUUACAUACAUUUCUUGGUUUGUAGAACAGUGAUGAAGAUUAAUUCAGUAUUAUCAUUAUUAUUUCAAAUGCCAUGUAAUUGCUGAGAGCUUGAUUUGUUUUGAUUGCUUCUCUUUUUUUGUUUGUUUUCUUUCAUUUUUUUUCUAUGUGUAAGAGAAGGUAAAGAGAUGGAAGUAUCACUAUCAUUGACUACCAGUCUGUAACAGUGCAGUAGGUUUUAAUCGGCUACAAGCGCUUGUAUAUCCAUUUAACUGAACAUAUCAUUGGCAGUACUUGAACUAUUUAAGUUUUCCCUUGCAUUGUGCUCCCGCAUUCCUCACUGGGUUACAAGUCAUCCCAAUUGUCUAAUUCUCCUCUGCUUAAACCUUGCCCUUUGUGGAGGCGGAGCCCUCGUGUUCCAUGGACUUUGUUUCAACUGUGCACUUUGCUGCUUAACUGAACCCUUAAUUAAUCUGAGACUUUACUUAAUUAGAGCUUUUCAUUAUUUAAGUCGUGAAUGAUAUUGGAUAUUUCAAGCUAGUCGGCUCAGAGGCUCACCGCCUGCUCCCAUUAGCUAAAACCAAACAUUAAAGUUCAUUCACAGUUUAAGCAAUGUAGGCAGCGACAAAGAGAACCAGGGUCAGAGUGAUAUGGGGGCAGUACAUAGGUAGGGGGCAGUGUAUGCGAUAAUUCAGUGUGAUGACCUGCUGUAUAACGUGCCUGAGCAAGAUCACCAGAAAUAAUUUUAUUCAUCAUGAAAUAUCAUAGGACAUCAGAUAAGGUACGGUCAAAGCUCUCUGGAUGUAAAGUAAAACUAACCAUGUGCCAACAUCAACUUGUUUUUUUGGUGAAAUCAUCCUUUUCUAGGGAGUAGAAAUUCAGAAAAUGAAAACAAAGAGCAGGAAGUUUUUUGUUGUUGUUCUUGCUGUAUGAGAGCCUUCUGCAGCUUGUAGCUAACAACUGACACUCAUUUUCUUGCUACUAAGUAGACUGCUGCUUCCUUCUGAAUGAGGUGAAUCCACACUGACUCAUGGCAGGAACAUGUUGGGAAAUGUAUGUGUGUGUGCAUGUGUGUCUGUCUGUCUGUCUGUGUGUGUGGUGCGUGCGUAUGUGUGUCAGUGUGUGCAUGCAUGCAAUUCAUACUUGUAUUUUUGUUACUUAAAAUAUGUUAUACAUCGUGCAGCUUAUGCACUGUGCAAUUAUUCAACUGUGGUUUUUUUGUUGAUCAGUUGCUUGAAUUGGAGAUAAAUUGCCUUCUUUCUCAAUGUGCAAAUAUGUACCAAGCUUAAAAAUCUUUGCACAUUUUUAUGAAACAUAGUCUACCUUGUAGUAUAUUCAAGAAGUUCAGUUCCAAGGUUACAAAUGACUACAAAUAUAAACAAAUCAUACCACAGAAAUUAACAGUUUGGGCUUUGGAUGUGUAAUAAGCUUUGUUGGAGGUGAGAGACAUCGUGCUGCUCAUUGUCUUGCUGUUUGCCGUUUCAUACUUAUUAUGCAUCUUUUGCUCAAGUAAUGAUAUUACGAAAAUAUAAAGAGGCAUCUUUGUACAACAGAGAACAACUUGUUUAAUACCCUGGCCAGAGUAUAGAUUCUUGUGAUUUGUGGAAAGCAAUUCCUGCAUCACAUUUGAAAUUAUGUUAUGCUGAUGUUUACUUACUGCCAUUAAACUUUUUAUUGUACUUCAAAAAUACAACUCGAUAGACUAUUAAGUUAAUAGAUGUCAUUUGUAACUUCCAAAUACAAACGGCAAUGAAGCAUACUCAGGAUAUGUCCUUAUGUCCAAAAGCGAAAAUAUAGUGUUCUGGAGCUUUCUAGAGUGUUUUAGAAUAUUAAGAAUGAUUUCAAAAUCUAUUUGGUCUCUACCUGUUCAGUGUUACUUUAUACAUAUGUACAUCCUCUAUACUGCCCUCCAAGGAUGUAUGUACCAAUGGAAAAUUUGUAUAUUAAUUUCUAGUAAACCACCAUUUUCUACUGCAUAAUAUUCCUCUACGACUAGCUGUUACAGUACUUAAGAUUUGACUUUGGUUUUACUGAAGCAGCACCAGCACAAAUAAUUCCACACAAUGAACUGGGAUGUGCAUGCUGUGAGCUGCUGUGUGUAUUAUUUGAAGGGCAGUCUUAAAUUUCCAAGAAUGCUUUGCCUCAGAAUGUCAGAUGACUAUAUCAUGUAAUGACUCAAUAAACCCAAGAAGGAAGUCGAUGUUCCCGGAAGUUGGAGAGGAUCAUGUGCCACCUUGGCAGGACAGACAGCUAUUGGGGUCUUCUGCACUGGUGGCUGUACAGGUGAUAUUUUACUGGUUGAGCCAAAAAAUAGAUGUCCAAAAAAAAGUAAAUGCAAAAAAAAAAAAAAAAAAAAAUCCAGGGCAUGUAGGCAUUUUAAUGGCAAGCGCUUUCAGCGGAAUGAUUUCUGAGAUUCCAGUACACUUUUCUGCAGCAACUUGACAGAGAAACAGCCGCAUUAUUCAUUGGUAUGAAAUCACGACUAAACUAAAGCAUAAAUCGUACAUACAGUUUUUCACCUUUAUUCCCCAUAGAUCAGUACUUGAAACAUGCAAUACAUACCUUUUUGUUCCUCGCUGGUUACAGUUAAUACAUUGCUUGUCCUCACAUGUCUUCUCUAUGGUCUCCCGCUUUCCUAUUGUCUCUUUCCCUGGCUUUUGUUUUUAAUUUGUCCUACCCCUCAUAGUCAGGAGAUUCCUCCACUCACCCUCCACAAGUAACUCACUCAGCAGUCUGGUCCUUUAAGCUGCUACAGGGUAUAUGGCCCGUUUAACACAGGAGAAUGUGACUCCAAAGCCAACGAGAGCAGAGGAAAAGCCUAUAUGACAAAGCAUCAGUCAGCUGUCGGGAGGGGAAAAGAGGGUUGGCAGAGAGACAAGGAUGGUGGGGGUAGGGAAGGGGGGCGAGGGGGAGGAACUGGAUUACUCAAUGCUUGCAAGAGACAGGCGUGGGGGGGGGGGGGGGUGAAGACUUUUAAUCCUCAUGUUUGAGAAAGGAGAAAAUUGGUGUGGUUUUAUACCCAUGGUUACUCUGAAGAUCGCUAUGUUAGCUUUUGUCCUGAUGAAGUUAUUUUGAGGUUUAAGAUCAAGGUUAAUUUCUUUCCCUGUCUCAUACUCUGCAUCUGAAACUUAAACUUCAGUGGCGCAAUGGCCCUCUUUUGAUGGAAGGUACAUUUUAAUGAUUGAUGUGCAGAGAGGAAGGGGAGUUAGUCAUAAAAAGGAACGGCUCUCUCUUUAUCGUGUUCUUUCAUUGUGUCCUGGUUUUUCUGAAAGACAGAGGUAAAAAAAAAACAUGAAUCCCUCUUUCCUUCUCCCUACAUCCUUACACCGCAAUGCUUGUUUUUUGUGUUCAACCU